AUGAGAAGGGAAACUCAGUUUAUAACAUGGUAUCAGAGCAUCAAAGCUCCUGAGACCCGAUUCUUUUCUUUCUUCUCUUUAAUCUCUUCUUCUCUCGCUAUAUCUCUCUACUCUAUUCAUCACCUCCAUCUUCUCUUCUCAUCUCUUUUCAUGGCUGCUCUAAACGCUCAACCCGUUGAAAGAGCGUUCGGGGUUACAAACAUUAAAACCCACAUUCCCUUGACUCUAGAUCUUGAAGAUCACAACUAUGAUGCUUGGCGCGAACUCCUUCUCAUGCACUGCCUUGCGUUUGACGUAUUGGGACACAUAGACGGCACCGCCGUCCCUGCUAAUGAUGACGAUACACCCUGGAAGAAACGAGACGGGUUGGUCAAACUCUGGCUCUACGGCACUCUUGCUGAACCUCUGUUUCGCAGCAUAUUCAAAACCGACGGCACUGCACGAGACAUAUGGCUUCGCAUUGAAAACCAGUUCAGGAACAACAAAGAGGCUCGCGCCCUGCAACUUGAUCAUGACUUGCGUACUACCGAAAUUGGAGAUGAAUCAGUGCAUGACUACUGUCAGAAGCUGAAAUCAAUCUCCGAUCUCUUGGAAAAUCUCGAUGCUCCAGUGGCAAAUCGCACUCUCGUCAUGUAUCUCCUGAAUGGACUGAACGAGAAAUAUGACAACAUCAUCAAUGUCAUCAAGCACAAGGAUCCGUUCCCCUCAUUUGAUAACGCAAAAUCAAUGCUUCUUAAUGAAGAAACACGUCUCAAAAGAGGAACCAAAGCCCCAGUAAGCAACAACACACCAUCAUCAUCCACUGUUCUGACGGCAACAACGGACAAACCGCAAUUAAAUCACCCAAGAAGAAACCGCAAACAGAACAAUAGGGGUCGUGGUCGCUCAGGCUUUGGAAAUCAACGUCCUUGGAGCAACAACUGGGCGCCAAACUGGAAUCAGCCUUGGCAACAACCGUUAUUCCCAGGAGCCAUGAUGCAGUGGCCACAAUAUCCGACGCCUUGGACUCAACCUGCUGCAAGAGGGCUUCUAGGACCAGCACCACAACGACCAGAACAAGCGCAUGUUGCCAACACUCAGCCUCAACUUACCACUGAUUUCGCUCAGGCCUUCAACACUAUGACUCUAGGCGAUCCAGGAGCGGCAUUCGCUACUAUGUUCUGUUUUUGGAUCAUUACUCUCACUUCGUAUGGAUUUAUCCCUUACGACGCAAGUCUGAAGUUUUCACAAAAUUUACUCACUUUGCUUCUUUUGUGA